CGCAUUCAGUGUAGGGAGAAGCAGGGACUCACUGUGAGGGGGAACUUUGUUACUAUGAAACUUAGAAAUAUUUGCAAAAUAUUGUAAAAAUUAUCAAAAUCCCUCGUGAAUCAAUAACCUGCCCCUAGGGUUUCAGUUUUUUAGUUUAGUUUGCCCGCAAAGGGCUUCUACACUCACUAUUCUUACACUUUUUUGAAAGAAUGUGUGAGACAGACAGUUAGCCAGCCAGCUAGCUAGCUAGCUAGCUGAGAGGUGAUACAGGCGGCAGGAGAACAAAAGAUUUUUUUUGCGUUUUGGCCGGUUGUACUGACACCAAGUCCAUGCAGAACGUGUCAUUACCAUCACAAUGCCCGUUUUACUUUUUCUGAUAGACACGUCCGCUUCAAUGAACCAGCGCACCCAUCUGGGCACUACCUAUCUGGACAUAGCAAAAGGCGCUGUUGAGACUUUUAUGAAGCUCAGAGGGAGAGAUCCGGCGAGCCGAGGGGACCGGUAUAUGUUGGUAAAUUUUGAAGACGUUCCGUUCGGGAUUAAGGCUGGAUGGAAAGAGAGCCACGCCACUUUCAUGACAGAAUUGAGGAACCUUCAAGCAACUGGACUCACAACUAUUGGCCAGUCCUUGAGGACCGCUUUUGAUUUACUCAAUCUCAAUAGAUUAGUGACUGGGAUAGACAACUAUGGACAGGGAAGGAAUCCCUUUUUCCUUGAACCUGCCAUCAUAAUUGCCAUAACGGACGGCAACAAGUUGACCAGCGGCGGCGGCGUCCAAGACGAGCUCCACUUGCCUCUGACCACCCCGCUGCCCGGUAGUGAGCUGACCAAGGAACCCUUCCGCUGGGACCAGCGCCUGUUCGCUUUGGUGCUGCGCAUCCCUGGCAGUGCUUCAGUAGAGCCGGAGCCCCUCGGAGGUGUCCCACCUGACGAUUCACCCAUCACCCCCAUGUGUGAGGUCACUGGAGGACGUUCCUACAGUGUGUUUUCUCAGCGCAUGUUGAAUCAGUGCCUGGAGUCUUUGGUGCAGAAAAUCCAGAGUGGAGUGGUGAUCAACUUUGAGAAGACGGGGCCCGACCCUCCUCCACUAGAAGAUGCUCCUGUGGAGACAGUGAAGUCGGGUCCACAGCCUUGGCACUGCUGUCACAAGCUGAUCUAUGUAAGACCCAACCCUAAAACUGGUGUCCCCAUCGGUCACUGGCCAAUCCCAGAGGCCUUCUGGCCUGACCAGAACUCCCCCACACUGCCUCCCCGCUCAGCCCACCCACAUGUACGGUUCUCCUGUCUUGACGCGGAGCCCAUGGUGAUUGACAAGGUGCCCUUCGACAAGUACGAGCUGGAGCCGUCGCCUCUCACUCAGUACAUUUUAGAGAGGAAGUCCCCGCACACCUGCUGGCAGGUGUUUGUGUGUAACAGUGCCAAGUACAGUGACCUGGGACAGCCCUUUGGCUACCUAAAGGCCAGCACAGCUUUAAACUGUGUCAAUCUGUUUGUGAUGCCCUACAACUACCCUGUGCUUCUGCCACUGCUAGAUGACUUGAUCAAAGUACACAAAUUCAAGCCAACCAUCAAAUGGCGACAGUCCUUUGAGAACUACUUGAAGACCAUGCCUCCUUAUUAUAUCGGGUCUCUGAGGAAAGCCCUGAGGAUCAUGGGAGCGCCAAACCUGCUGGCUGACAACAUGGAGUACGGCCUGAGCUACAGCGUGGUCUCAUACUUGAAGAAGCUCAGCCAGCAGUCAAAAAUUGAGUACGACCGCCUGAUUGCCUCCAUCGGUAAGAAGGCUCCUCCAGAAGCCGGUAUCAAGGUGCGUUGGCGGGGCGGAGGGAUUUCUUUGGCCCAGCGCAGGGACUUCAUCCAGCAGCUACAGAGUCUGACAGGAGAGGCUCCAUCUCUGCCCAUGGAGCUCAACCCCAAAGAGUUCCAAGGAUUCCACCUGGCACUUCUCAACAAGAGCCUGAAGCCACUGAGUUUCAGGAAUCCCUACGACAUCCCUCGCAGCCACCUGCUGGACCAGCUCAGCCGCAUGAGGAGGAACCUUCUCAACACCAGCGUUUGUAGUCUCAGAGGGCAGGACUCAGACCAGCUCCACAGUGUGCCAAUAGCCCAGAUGGGUAACUACCAAGAUUUCCUCAAAGCUGCUCCCCAACCUCUUAGAGACGCUGACCCUGAACAGCCCAAACGCCUGCACACAUUCGGCAACCCCUUCAAGCUAGACAAGAAGGGCAUGAUGAUUGACGAGGCCGAUGAGUUCGUUACUGGUCCUCAGAACAAGGGUAAGAGGCCAGCGGACAACAGCAACAUGCCAGGUGGGGGGCCCAAAAGACGCCGCUGCAUGUCACCGCUGCUCCGCCUGGGCAGAGCCUACACCCCACCUGUGACCCCGCCUGCUAGCCCCCGACCCAUGAUAGACGCAGACAUGAAUGAUGGGAUGUCUGAACCAGACUUGAUCAUCAACCACCUGAACGAGAACCACUGCAGCCCGGACAGGGGCUCAGACUCGGAGCCGGAUCACCUGUCAGGACCUGCUGACCUCCAGGAGAAUCACCACAUGGUGGCAGAUCCACAAGACAUCCAACUCAGAGAGGAGGAAGAGGAGAAUGGGCGACACCAGACGGGCGACGUGCUGCUGGAUAACGAGGCUGGAGCGGAGAUGGUGCUGGUGGACGACCAACCGGCGCGCUACCUAACACCGGCAGCGCUGAAGAAGCACAUUCACAACGAAACAGUGAAGGUCAACAACGAGCUGAGAGCACUCAUCACAAAGGAAAUCAGGAAACCUGGCAGACACUACGAGAAAAUCUUCCACUUCCUAAAGCAGAUCCAGGGCACUCUAGAAACCCGGCUCAUCUUCCUCCAAAACAUCAUCAAAGAGGCCGCCAGGUUUAAGAAGCGCGUUCUGAUCGAGCAGCUGGAAAACUUCCUAGAAGAGAUCCACAACAGAUCCAAUAACCUGAACCACGUGGACACACUUUGAGACUGGCUUAACCCCCCCCCUCACCCUACACCCCCACCCAAACUGAACUCUUUGAUAAGAACUCAACCCCACCCCUCCUCUUGUAUCCAUGGAGACCAGACAAGACCGUAUCCAGCCCUCGGACCAUCACCCCUCCAGUGGACCCUGUCUUAUCAUCGGCAGUGGUUCUGAUGUUGCUGUGCAGUAUGAACUUAAAACAGUGUUGACCCUGGACGAUGCCAGUGCAUUCUUUACACAUCUGUUUGGGGCAUUUAAUUGCUACAGGUGAAGUGUUUGCCUAUGCAAUGAGAUGUUAUGUUUCAGUCUCUAGAGUACUUGUUGAUUGGGGGGGGGGCAACAUAUCAUUAGCCUCAUAGCAUAACUGAGUCAUACACUAUAUGGACAAAAGUAUGUGGACACGUUGAAUUCAGGUGUUUCUUUUCUAACACUGGUCUUGGAUACAAAACAAUAAUGACAAAUUUCAUAAUAUAGUUUUAUAUUGGGAUAGACAUUAUAUUAUUAAUAUUGAUGAAUAGGACAUCUUAUGAACUGGAACCAUGAUGUGUCCCAGUAUCUUUGUCCAUAUAGUUUAUAAACAUCAAUAUUUCCUUAAAGUUUAAUGGAAGAUUUUUCUUCCUAUAUGAGAUGUUAAGAAAGU